AGCAGCCUGCUUCAUAUACUCAAGCAAUUCGACUUUUCAACUCUCUUGCUAUCUUCCCUUGCUCUGCAAGCUAGUGGUGCUCUCGUUAAUUCUGCACCAUACCCAUGAGAUUCACUCUGCCAGUGGAGCGGCAACUGUAGACUAACACAACAAUCCGCCAUGAGGCUCAACAGGCGGACUCCGUCCCUAAUUAGCCUCAUCCUCACCGCGCCCACCUUAUCCGCAGCUUUUUACCUGCCAGGCGUAGCACCCACCUCAUAUGAUGAUGGCCAACCCGUGCCGCUCUACGUGAACCACCUCACCCCCGGCAUCGCACAGCAAGAUGAACAGCUUCAUUCCGUAUUCUCUUACGAUUACUACCACCCCGCGUUUCGGUUUUGCGAGCCCGAAGGCGGCCCGAAAGAUGUUCGAGAAUCACUGGGUAGUAUUCUAUUCGGAGACAGAAUCCAGACAUCCCCCUUCGAAUUGAAGAUGCGCAAGAACGAAACCUGCAAAGCGGCUUGCGGCGAGGUCAUUUUCGAUUCCCGAAGUGCCAAGUUCACAAACAGGAGGAUAGCCCAGGGAUAUAAUAUCAAUUGGCUCGUGGACGGGCUGCCUGCCGCUCAGCAAAAUGGAGGAACCCAGCCCCAGGCGUACAGUCCGGGCUUUACGCUAGGCACGCUGGAUGAGAGCGAGAAGCCAAUUUUGCACAAUCAUUUUGAUAUCAUCAUUGACUACCAUCCUGUGAACUUUGGCAACAAGGAGAAGUAUCGAGUGAUCGGUGUCCUCGUUCAGCCGGGUUCUCGGCGCGGCUCAAGAGUCUCUGAGGAUGGGACCGCAACCUGCAAUGAAGACGGCCCGAUUUACCUGGAUGAAGACUCUGAGACAGCGGUGACAUGGACCUACAGUGUCAGCUGGCGAGAGUCGUCUACCCCAUGGGCAACCCGCUGGGACAAGUAUCUGCAAGUUCAGUAUCCGAAAAUCCACUGGUUCUCCCUUGUUAAUGCGGCCGUCUUUGUUGUCUUCCUCGUCGGUAUGGUCAGUAUGAUUCUCGUUCGGGCUCUUAAGAAGGAUAUUGCUCGAUACAACCGUCUGGAUAUGAUCAACCUCGACGAUUUGGAUGGGACGUCCGCGGCAGUUGAAGACGGAAUCCAAGAAGAUUCGGGCUGGAAGCUGGUGCAUGGUGAUGUCUUCCGGUGCCCGAAGUCACCGUUACUUCUAAGUGUCCUGGUUGGAAAUGGAGCUCAGCUCUUCAUGAUGACUGGUGUCACUGUUGUUUUCGCCAUGUUUGGCCUCCUCUCUCCGGCAAACCGUGGUUUCCUCGCGACUGCAAUCCUCCUGAUCUACACUCUAUUUGGGUUUGUUGGAGGCUACGUCUCCGCCCGCAUCUAUAAGGCUUUUGGUGGUGAAUCCUGGAAGCGCAACAUUAUCAUGACUCCGCUGCUUGUCCCAGCUUUCAUUUUCAGCGUAUUCUUCCUGCUCAAUCUUUUCGUAUGGGCUAAGGGUUCAAGUGGCGCUGUACCGUUUGGUACAAUGCUCGCUCUGGUGUUAAUCUGGUUCGUCAUUAGCGUACCGCUCAGCGUGGCUGGUAGCUGGGUUGGUUUCAAGCAGCGGAUUAUUGAGGGACCAACGAAAGUCAAUCAAAUCCCGCGCCAAAUUCCGCCUAUGACCGGCAGCUUGAAGACGGUACCAUCGCUACUUUUGACUGGUAUACUACCCUUCGGAGCUAUCUUCGUUGAACUUUACUUCAUCAUGACAUCGCUCUGGACCAACAAGAUUUACUACAUGUUCGGAUUCCUAUUCCUGUGCUACGGCCUGAUGAUCGUGACCACAGCGGCUACAACUGUUCUGCUGGUCUACUUUUUACUUUGUGCGGAGAACUACAGGUGGCACUGGAGGGCAUUUGCAGGAGCAGGAAUGACGGGUGUAUACGUCUUCUUGAAUGCGCUGCUGUUCUGGGCUACUAGAGUAAGUUUUGGAGGCCUAAUUGGAGCUGUUCUAUACAUGGGCUACUCCGCCUUGAUCGGGUUUACUGUUUUCAUUCUUACCGGUUCUAUCGGCUUCUUCGCUAGUUGGGCCUUUGUGCAACGCAUAUACGGCUCCAUCAAGGUCGACUAAUUCGCAUCACUUUCCUUCUCCGCCUUGUGGAGUCUCAAGUGUCCGUUGAUGGCACCGGCAUAAGUUUUUUUAGUGUUUUUUUUUUUUUUGGCUUGAGAUGUCAUGGCUGUUUGAUAGUAUGGGGUUUUUGAAGCGUUUCUUCUUUUUGGAUUAUUUACCUGUUCUAAUCUUGCUCAUGUUGUUCUGUAUGCCAUACCCUGUACAUAGGUUGAGUGGGCGGGAACGGGGUUUCGAUCCUACUAGUUGAGGAGCCCAGGGAUGUUGACAAGGGAUCUGUACGAUACUCACGGCAAAACGGGCUUAGAUCGAACUAUUUGGCUCUGAAACUGUAAAAGCUGCUAAGGCUGCAGCUCGCCAGGCCGAUGUUUCUGCAGACUCGAGGAGUCGAUGAGGAUGACGGAACGCCUGAGACCGCCAAGGCUCCCAGUGGUCUGGAAUCCUCAACUUCGGAAGCUUCAGCGAUCUUGUUCCGUUGCCACACUCCGGACACAACAAUCGCUACUUACACUUCGAUCGCUGCUGUUAUACUGUGUUCCAGCCAUUUCAUUUUGCUUCACCUGCUUAGUUCCACUUGCAGCUCUCGUUAGCUCUCCGUUCCCUCUUCAGAUCCCUACCCCUCCAACAACUGGCUCAUUAUCAAUCCGGCCUUCGCUACCCCGCGGCUCCCGCAUAUCUGUCGCCAACCCGACAUUGUCGCAUGACAGACCCUGAGCCUCAGUGAGCCCGGAUCAUUCUCGACCAUAUUUUCGAAUUGCGCUUGGACUGGGUUUUUGAUGAUAUAAUUGAAUAUGGGAAAGUCGUAAGUAGUUGGUUUGUUUCCGCGAUUCGCUCCGCUUCUCCUUCGCCCCGUACUCUUCGAGUGCCGGAGCAAAGAGUUUCCAAGCACCGUGUGGGGAACAUUUUGACUACCAGUAGAAUAGUCGGACCUUUUCUACAGUCAAAGCUAUCCCCCUCCC